AUGGGUCACAUUCUAUAUUGUGACAUAUACAGACGCCCACUAGAAAAUAACAAGGUUCUUCAAUCUGUCGUAAUGGAGAUACGAAAAGUCGUUGAAGGGAGUGGAGAGGAGGUGACAUACAAAUACUACGACGGUGUUUUUUUCCCGGCCUAUGUGCAAGGAGAUUGCAAAGAUCGGGUUGUGAAAGUCAUGGACAUGAAAUUCAAAGAUGGCGACGUGCUGAUAGCGUCAUAUCCAAAAGCAGGAACACACUGGGUUUACGAUAUCAUGCAUAUGUUGAUGACUGGGAAAACUGAGUUUGAAGAAAUCUUUCGCAUUUUGGAUUUUGAACAGAUGGAAUUAUUCGAUGCAGCGAAGACACCUAGACAUUUUGCAACACAUUUUUACCCUAAGCAUCUACCAAAAGAUUUCCUAAAGAACAAGGGAAAGCUUGUAUAUGUCUACAGAAACCCGAAAGACUCUGCCGUUUCUUAUUAUACGUGUGUAAAAAGACUCAAUGUGCGUGUAGCCAAGGAUUAUAACGGGAAAUGGGAAGAUUUUAUAAAACUUUACUCAGAGGGUACAGCUGCAUACAACUCGUGGUUUGACCAUGCCAAGGCGUGGCAACAGUUCAUGAUCGACAACCCUAACUACCCUAUUUUUGUUACCUCCUUCGAGGAGAUGAAAAAGGUUUCUAUUCUGUGA